UCUGCCUUCUUUGCCGUUCGCCACCUGGCUACUCUUUCAGCGGUCUCGCGAUCUCAUUGCUUCCGCCCUCGUCCAAUCCGGUUCGUUCGCGACAGCUUUUAACGUAAUUUCGAUCGAUCAGAAGAGUUACGAACGUCACGGACCGUACGCGUUUCGGACCCUCUCGAAAAACCGACGACGUAGAAAGCGCAGCAAGCGGUUUCUUUCCAACGAACCCGAAUGCUCGGGUCAAACAAACGGGCUCCAAGAGGGAAUCUCCGAGCAAAACUCAAAGGGAAGGACGACCGCUUUGCUACGACUCGAUGUGUGCUCUCGGUCCACUCGAUUUCGUCGACUCGUUUUCGCCAUCGUGGAAAACGCCUCCCGCACGAUUGUGCUCUCGAGCGACACUUUCCGGUAAGAUUUCGAUUUUUCGAGAACCGUCGCGAGCUUCGUGGAGUUUUCGUCGGCGAGUAGGGUCGACUAAAUCGAUCCCGAAGCACGUUGCAACCAGAUGGACCUUGAGAUUGCGGUUUAUUUUAUGCCAAGGCUGCCCAGCACGCUCCCGCAGGGACAUUGCGCGAAGUCACGAAUGCCGUAAUUGAAAAUCAAUAUUUGCGCUAGGUUUGCACCGUGCACGGAACGUUGCUCGCGAAUACUUGUUUCGUCCGAUCGAAAUCUUUCGAGCGUGCGGCGCGCUUCUACCGAGCCUGGUUAUCCUGUUCGCGUCGCGCUUAUCGUUCGCCUCGCCGAGCAUUACGAGUCGCUGGAAAACGGAUAAAAUAUUACGUUCGAUUCCGGCGAUCUAAUUUCCGCCGUUAAUCGCGACGUUUCCAAGAAACUUCCUUCUCGUCCCUUUCGAUAGACGCUGCACAAUGCUGGGCGCUUGCUUCCAGUCCGUGUUAGGGUGGAUAGAAAGCGAGGAUGAUAACGCGCUUCUCUUUGCGACCGUUUCGAGUCGAGAAGACGUAAUCCUUCGAGAGUCAUGAAGUUUCGUUCAACGGGGAAAUUGCGAGUCUGGUAUUUUGCUUAGCGUGUUUGCCGGUUGGAUUUGUAGCGCGUUCGCGUUUGAAAAACGCUGCCGCUCGUACAGCCGUACCGAAAACCGUAGUAGGUAGGUAGUUUGCCAAGUCUCAGCGAGACGAGAGGUUGUGUAGACGAGGCGAGAGAAAGGGUGCAAUUAAGCUCGCGUUCUCGGUUUAUUUGCUUGGCCGGGUCGCAGGGGAUACGCGUCUCGAGGCGGGAAAAGCGACUGCGUGAAUAGGGUCGACGAGCGAGAACGAGCCGCUGAAUACUCGGACGAUCGGCACACGAUCUCCGCGAAUCCUUCGUUUCGGAACGAGUGACACGGUAAACUCGAUAAUGCGCGUAAAAUAUUGAAAGUACGUCGAUCAAUGCCAGGCUCUUCUUCGAAAAGCGUCACGAUGGUACCGAGGACGAAGCUGGAAUCGGUACUCUUAUUCCUUGGCCGAGUUUGUUCGAGGUAUCCCAAGAAUAGAACCGUUGCGUUACGGUGCUUUCGUGUGUCUAUCGCUUUUACCGGUAAAAGUCUUGCACUCGCACGUACUCGCAAUUUAUUCGAUCCGAAAGUUAAUGGUUUUCGAACAAUUGCAGGCUCGAAAUUGGGUUGCUUCUAUCCGUGAUCGGUGCUUUUCUAGCCAACAGUUUUUUUACGGUUGGUAAAUCGAGGAUAACGCGUGCCCGAAGCGAGCGAUACGAAUUAAACCGAAAUAUCGUACUUAUCUUUCGUUCGUGUACGCGAUCGCAUAAUCGCGAGACGAGCGAUCGAGUAAUUGGACGACACGCGUAUACUCGUUCGAGGAUUCAUCGAAACGAUUGGCCAUACUCGUGUUCGUCGAUAAAUCUGUUGUAAUCGUUAUUUACCGUUGCUACUCGACACGGUCAAGAGGGAAUUGCAACGUUUACGAACUCGUAUCGCGAACAGAUUAUUACUCGAAACAUUUUAUUCCUUGUGCCCUCGUUAAAAGGCCGGAGAUAGCGACGAAUCGGUGGAAAACUACUUAUGCGAAUAAAGCUGCAAAGAACAAGGAUAAGGACUCGAGGUGUUUCAACCGGGCUGAUUUACGAGAAGGCAUUUAGGCUCGCCUCGGACAUAAUUGCAGCUGGUCUUCUUCCUUUUACUCUGGCAUGUUCCGUCGAUGCGAGAACGGUUCCUGGGAUGGAACGUACCGCCGGAACACUCGGACCUCGUGCAUCCCCAUUGGAGAGCGUUCCUUGCACCUGGAAAAUAUUGGCACAUUGGAUUAGCGCUCAUCUAUAUUAUGCUGCUAGUGAUGUCUGUCGUAGGAAAUUGUUGCGUGAUAUGGAUAUUCAGCACGUCAAAAUCAUUGAGGACGGCUUCCAACAUGUUCAUAGUCAGCUUGGCGAUAUUCGACAUCAUAAUGGCGUUCGAAAUGCCCAUGUUAGUGAUAAGCAGUUUCGCGGAACGGAUGAUCGGUUGGGAACUCGGUUGCGAUAUCUACGCGGUGUUUGGUUCUAUUUCUGGGAUGGGCCAAGCGAUCACGAACGCUGCGAUCGCUUUUGACCGAUACAAAACCAUAUCCUGCCCGAUCGAUGGACGACUGAAUUCGAAGCAAGCCGCGAUAAUCAUUGCUUUCACGUGGUUCUGGGUGACGCCGUUCACUGUUUUACCGCUACUGAAAGUCUGGGGUCGUUUCACCACCGAGGGUUUUCUAACUACCUGCUCGUUCGACUUUCUUACGGAAGAUCAAGACACGAAAGUCUUUGUCAUGUCUAUUUUCAUUUGGUCCUACUGCAUUCCUCUAUCUUUCAUCGUGUACUUUUACUCUCAACUGCUCAAGUCUAUUCGCAGCCACGAGAAAAUGUUGCGCGAACAGGCUAAGAAGAUGAACGUAAAGUCUCUGGUGUCGAAUCAAGAUAAGGAGAGAAGCGUGGAAAUGAGAAUCGCCAAAGUGGCGUUCACCAUCUUCUUCCUGUUUCUCUUAGCUUGGACACCGUACGCGACGGUCGCUCUCAUAGGGGCAUUCGGCAAUCGGGAACUUUUAACACCGAUAUCCACGAUGCUCCCUGCUCUAUUCUGUAAAACGGUUUCUUGUAUCGACCCGUGGAUUUACGCGAUCAAUCAUCCUAGGUACCGACAAGAAUUGCAGAAACGGUGCCAGUGGAUGGGUAUUCGAGAACCAGAAAUACCGCACGACACCGCGUCCUCCCAAACCGAAAAGGUCAAAUCGGACGAUUCCGCGUAAAUCGAGCGUUCCUCGAACCUCGAUCGACUGCGAGGACGAUCCUUUAUCCGAUCGAGAUCCGCAAGCCACCACGAGCGCGAUCUCGAUCUCUGAAUUCUACUUUCGCUACGACGUACGAACGCGUACGACCGAAAUAAUUCUACGUGACCAAUGGAAGACUGCGAGAUCAAAGCGAUUUGUGUAUCGAUACCGAUUGUACUCUUAUUAAAUCACUAAUAAAGCAAAUUAUGAAGCAAAA